UAAUUAUAACAAGUUUUCAGCAUGCGGUUUGGUAAAGCGGCAUGGCUUUAUGGGAGCAAUAUGAUACUCCUGCUUGCCGUUUUUCUCUUUCUUGGCGCCACGAUUGUCAUGCUCACAAGCCCAUUAUUCGUGCUGAUUCCUAUCAAAAAGAAUGAUCCAUAUGUUCUUGGAUACUGCUUCAUCAAUAUUUGUUUGGCACUUUUGUGUAUCGCAUCAAUUGUUGCAAUUCGGAAAAGACAAAUUGGCGUUGUCGUUUUUUGUCAUUGGAUAAAGUGCUGUACACUUAUUGUGGAUGCUGUCAUGGUUUUCGUUUUUGCAAGCAUCAUGUCCACAGCUCACACCUCGCUAUAUUCCCACAUUCAAGUACUUCACAAUAGCAGUAAAGAACUAUGCUCUGUCUGGGAUAACGUCUAUCAGACUUUGAUUUGCUGCCCACCCGAAGAAGUGUUACAAACAUGUGCAGAUUUUCUAAACGUUACAAAAUCGUUUUGCCCAACUGGACAUUCCAAUGACUGCUAUAUUCAUCUCAAGAGAUGGCUCCAUUCCAAUACAGAAAUAGUCGGAUGUCUUGCUUUUUGUGUGAUCACGCCGCUGAAGUUGUUCAUGAUCGCAGCUCUUCGAAAAGAUAUCGAGAAAGUUGAAACAGAAAUGGCGGAACUUGAAUACUACUCUCAGAUGAUUAAUGAAUAUGACCGCCAUGGAGAUGGUUACAUCGAGAGCUUCAAGAGCAAUAUCAACUUGGCUGACAGCACGUCAACCCAAACAUCAGGAAUCAGCCGCGUUAAAAGUUUCCCAGGAUAUUCACCUUUCUUGAAGCACUCUGUAAUCGAGGAGGUGGAGAACGAAUUUACGGUCCGUGGGGAUGAAAUUCGGGAAGAGCUACAACAAGCGAUUGCUGCUCAUAAUGCACGACAACUUGAGGCGGCUGCUGUUACUGAACAGUUUUAA